GUUGCCAUCCUUAAUUUCGGCCACGUCUUAUACGACCGCCAGAUUACCUCCUGGCGAACGUGACCAACCUUAUCCUCAGAAUACAUGGUUACCUGAACCCAUGGAGAACCGAACAAGAUUCCACCAAGGUGGAAAGACUCCACCAUGGCAAUGGCACUGCAGCUCGCCAUCCAAUCACUCGCCGCAAGCCUCUCCCGCUCUCCUAACAAACCCACCAAAAAGCCCCCGAGCAAUGGCCACCACCACCCGCAGGAACCAACCAGCACCACCACCAGCAGCAGCAGCGGGAGAAGGAGCCUUGCGGUGGCCGCGGCCGCGGUCGGCACGGCUCUCUUCGCGUCCCAGCUGCUGCCGCCGACGGCGGGCAUCGCAGGCGCGUUCGACCUCGACCUUCGGAUCACCAUCCCGGAGCAGUCGAGCGAGGAGGCCGAGGCCGUGGUGAGGACGCACGCGAGGAACCUGGUGCGCGUCAAGCAGUACAUCGACGCCAGGUCGUGGCGGGAGCUUCAGACGGCGCUGCGGGCCAGCGCCGCCAACCUCAAGCAGGACCUGUACGCCAUCAUCCAGGCGAGGCCGCCGGGCCAGCGCCCCGAGCUCCGGAGGCUCUACUCCGACCUCUUCAACAACGUCACCAGACUGGACUAUGCGGCCAGAGACAAGGAUGAGCUCCAGGUGCAGGAAUGCUACGGCAACAUUGUGGCCGCCAUUGAUCAGAUUUUUGCCAGAAUCACGUAGUUUUUGCACUGGAUAUAUAGGGGGAGAGAGAUUGGAUAUAGCUAGACAUCCGGAUUUACGUUUGGAUACAGGGAGAAGAAGUAAACAGUGACCGGCAAAAAGGCAUUUCUUUUGCUA